CAGAGACAAACACCCGAAGGAAGUGACACCCAAGAGACCGACACCCGGGGAAGUGACAGUCCGGAGACGCCCGGGAAUGGCUCAGGGGGACCCCGGGGGGCAGACGCCACAGGCUCCGCAGGGGACUGAUAAGAAACCCGAUGAGCCGAAAGCGACGGAGAAGCCCCAGGGGGCGGGGCCACAGCCCAGGGACCCCCCAGGGGGGGAGAAGGGGCUCAGGGACCCCCCAGGGGGGGAGAAGGGGCCCAGGGACCCGGGGCAGGGGGGUGCGGGGGAGGCGCUGGCGGAGGCGCUAUACGGGCUGGGGCGGCCGGUGCUGCGGGCGGUUCUGUACCUGUUCCCCGUGUAUCUGUGCGGCCGGUUCGGGCUCAGUCCCACUUGGCUCCUGUUCGGACUUUUCCUGUGGAUGUUUUGGACCCGGAACAAAAAGUUCAAAUUGGCCCGAAUCCAAGCGGCAUGGGACCUGCAUGAGAACGAGAAACUGGGGGUGACCCGGGGGCUUUACCUGCAGCAACUGCCGGCCUGGGUGAAUUUUCCGGAUGUGGAGCGAGUCGAGUGGCUGAAUAAGGUGGUGGGGCAGAUGUGGCCCUAUAUCGGGAUGUACGUGGAGAAGAUGUUCCAGGAUAAGGUAGAACCUCUGGUCCGGUCCAGCAGUGCCCACCUCAAGGCCUUCACCUUCACCAAGGUCCACUUAGGAGAGAAGUUCCCCCGGAUUAAUGGGGUGAAAUCCUACACGAAGAAUGUGGACAAGCGGGAGGUGAUCUUGGACCUGCAGCUCAGUUACAAUGGAGACGUGGAAAUCAACGUGGAGGUGAAGAAGAUGUGCAAGGCCGGAGUGAAGGGGGUCCAGCUGCACGGGACCCUGCGCGUCAUUCUCGCCCCACUCCUGCCCGAUCUGCCCUUUGUGGGGGCAGUCACCAUGUUCUUCAUCCAGAGGCCGCACCUGGAUAUCAACUGGACCGGACUCACCAACGUCCUGGAAAUCCCCGGAGUCAGUGACUUUUCGGACUCAAUGAUUGUCGAUAUGAUCGCGUCCCACUUGGUUCUGCCCAAUAGAUUCACCGUCCCACUGAGCAGCCAAGUCCAGGCCGCCCAACUGCGCUUCCCCCUGCCCCACGGAGUGUUGCGCCUUCACCUCAUCGAGGCGGAAGAUCUGAUCCCCAAAGACAAUUACCUGAAGGGAAUCAUUCGGGGCAAGUCGGACCCCUACGCCGUCCUGCGCAUCGGCAACCAGAACUUCAAGAGCAGAACCAUCAAGGAGAACCUCAACCCCAAGUGGGGCGAGAUGUAUGAGUUUGUGGUGCAUGAGGUGCCCGGGCAGGACCUCGAGGUCGACCUGUACGAUGAAGACCCAGACAAGGAUGACUUUUUGGGCAGCCUCGUUAUUGGCCUGGAGGGAGUCAUGCAGGACCGGGUGGUGGACGAGUGGUUCCCCCUGAGUGACGUGCCCAGCGGGUCGGUGCAUCUGAGGCUCGAGUGGCUCUCGCUUCUGCCCAAGUCUGAAAAACUGUCUGAGGCCAAGGGCGGAAUAUCCACAGCGAUGCUGAUUGUGUAUCUGGACAGCGCCAGCGCCUUGCCGAGGAACCACUUUGAGUAUUCGAGCAGCGAGUACACGACGAGGAAGCAGAGACACAUGACUUACACCAAGACUGAUAAGGACCCCAACUCCUACGUCCUGAUGUCUGUGGGCAAGAAGAGCGUCAAAAGCAAGACUUGUACAGGGAGCACGGAGCCGGUGUGGGGUCAGGCCUUCGCUUUCUUUAUACAGGACGUCCACAUGCAACAUCUCCACCUGGAGGUGAAGGACAGCGAGCGCCAGUGCGCCCUGGGGAUGUUGGACCUGCCCCUGCACCGGUUGCUUGGCAACGAGGAACUGACAGCGGAUCAGAGGUUCCCACUCGCCAACUCUGGGCCCAACAGCACCAUCAAGAUGAAAAUCGUCCUGAGAGUUCUACACGUAGAGGCACCAGAACCAGAAAGUAUUUACACUGGAAUCAACUCCCUCAAACAAGGUCCGGUUUCUAUCAAGCGGGCCCAGUCCCAGCAGCACAAAUCCCAUGGGAAGUCCCACCAGGCCCAUCACCAGGCCCAUCAGACCCAACAGAACCACACUGUGCAGCAGCCCAAGGCGGAACGCAAGGAGAGCAUCAGUACCACCUCCCAGCAAGCAAACACCUCCAGCUCAAACCCAGCACCGAACCAGAACCCCAACAGCACCGGAGCCGUCCCAGAAUCCCACACUCCCAGCCUAAAGCCCUUGGAAAGAAUUGCGCCCAGUCUCCUCUCCCUCAACUCCAUUGGUUCCUCUGUGUUCGACCCGAACGACAAGCGGUGGCCCAGCGAGAUGACGGGAGAGGUUGAGGUCUCUGUGCGUUACGCUUCCCUGCGCCGCUGCCUUGUCGUCCUUAUCAACAGUUGCAGGAACCUGAUCCAGUGCUCAAGCAACGGGGCCGACCCCUACGUGCGGAUCUACCUGCUCCCCGACAGGAAGUGGUCCGGCCGCAAGAAGACGUCGGUGAAGAGGAAGACGCUGAACCCCCAGUAUAACGAGAGGUUCGAGUUCCUGGUGUCGCAGGAAGAAGCCAAAAAGCGAAUGUUGGACGUUGCCGUGAAAAACAACCGGGGCUUCGGCUCCCACGAGAGGAAGGAACUGGGGAAGGUGCUGGUGGAUUUGUCAUGUGAUGAUCUGGUCAAGGGAUUCACCAAAUGGUUUGAACUGACCCCCACCGGCCUCCCCACCUCGUGACUGUUCUGCGCCGGGAGCAGCAGUUGCACCGCAGGGACCAGACGCCCCCUAGUGGCCAUGUACAGAUGUAUAUUUGUAAUUAGUUCCCUCUCACAUAAGCUUUUAAAUCUGGGGGGGCAGAAUUAUUUCUCUUCUAACUGUAUGUACAUUCCUGUAUAUAUUUGUGGGGGGGGGGGAGUAAGAGAAUGCACUUUAGUCUGUACUUGCUCCGCCCGAUAUUUACAGUCUCAGGGACACAAACAAUCAGCCUUUAACCUGACUCUGGGCAAUUCCCAAAGUCUCUAAUCAAUACGGGGGGGGGGCACAUGCUUUGUGGUGAUAUUUAUUGUAGGACAAGCAAAUUAACACUUUGUAUAUAAAGGAAUCCGUUAGAAACGCUCAGAGAUAUUUAUUUUGAAAUAAAUCUCUAUUUAUAAAGUA